AUCGAGUCAUCAUCAUCAUCAGUGGGGGAGUUGGGAGAGAGAGACAGUUUCACGGAGCCAACGAAGCGAAGAUCCUCUCGUCUCGUGUUCUAGGGUUUCUCGCGGCGAUGGAGGCGGCGGCUAGGGCUCCAUCCAGGGCGGCGGCGAGGUUCGUGCAGCGCAGGCUCUUUUCCUCCGGCGGCAAGGUGCUCGGCGAGGAGGAGAAGGCCGCCGAGAACGUCUACAUCAAGAAAAUGGAACACGAGAAGCUGGAGAAGUUGGCCCACAAGGGCCCCAACCCAGGAGAGCAAGCUUCAACCGCAGGUGCUGCGGCUAACGCUGUGAAGACUGGAAGCGGCUCAACGGAGUCAAGAUCUGCUGGUGUGUCAACUGACAAAAACAGGAACUAUGCUGUCCUGGCAGGCACUGUUGCUGCUUUGAGUGGCCUGGGGUGGUAUCUCUUGUCAAAGCCUAAGAAGUCUGAAGAUAUAGUGGACUGAAGGUGGUUAAUGAGAUCCUAGACGGUCUGUCAUUGAGUUUCACCCUGUUUUACUUGUUUAGAAAUAAAUGCUGAACACACUGCACUGAGUUUCCUAUAGCAUCACUAAAACUUUCAAGUAUGCACCCGAGAUAUGUUCUCAGUUCUUCAUGCCCUGUUUUGACUGUUGGCACUGUUCUCUGAUGCUGCAUCCUUUUGAUUGAAGAGGAAUUCGGAUACAAGAUAGUACAUGAAAUCCCGUUGUUUCUAGUCCUUGUUUGAACCAAGUGUUGUUUUAAAUUUCAGCAAGUGAUGGUUUUAUUUC